AUGUCAGUUUCAAACGGCGGCUUACCUUCCGAAGACUCCGCGACGAUCUUCUCGACCCUUCCAGGCCAGUUCCCAAAUUUGCUCGAAGACGGGGAUCAGAAAAUCAAAACACGGGAGUUUUUGGAUGCCUCUGCCGGAGUUGUCAUUUUAGUAGAACGGUUCGGUAAAGUGUUUACCCCGGUUAUCUAUGACAUGAAUGGGAACAUUAAGAAAAUCACAGUCAAGUAUGAGGAAGACCGGGAAAAUUACGAGUUUCUAGAGGACAUGAUACUUAAACAAAAAAAUGUGGGCCAACUGCUUGUUGUGGACGCUUUGCAGUGGCUGCGGCGAGCCCUUCAUUUCAUUUCGCGCUUCUUCCAGUCUGUGAUCGAUGACUCCGACAAUAAUAAUAACACGCAGGAUUUGUCCAUAUUUGUGAAAAACGCGUACAAGGAGACUCUGGAGCGGUACCACGGCUGGUUGGGGUCUCAGUUGUUUAAUAUUUUGUCACGGUUUACCCCAAACCGGCAACAGCUUUUCUACCAACUCGCGCUCGAGAAGCACCACAAGGAGGACCACGUUUUGCGUGAUAUGAGACAGUUCACGCUCAGGAUGUCCUCAUGUGUUCAGAAGCUGGUGGAUUUCUACCAAGAGCAUGAUCUCGAGACGAAUGAUAGGGUCUAGUUGUUGUACUUAGAAAUUUUAUAUUUGUUGAUCUUCCAGUUGUAAAUAAAACGUUUGGUAUA